GCUCUUCAGUGCGUCUUGGAAGCAGUUGAAGCGGCACUGGCUGCCGCAGCGCCCAAACAGCUAAUGCAACUGCAGAACGCCCUCACACGCUGCUCUUUCCGAGCCACCAAAGAAGCUCCCUGUGCGCUCGAACGGCAGCACCAACAACUGUGUGCCAUUUCUGCUGAAGCCGCUGCAGACCUUGCCGCUUCCCUGCAUGACGCUUCUUGCGUUGAUGGGGCAGCGGCAAAGAUGCCCCCAACAACACCCACACCUAGGACAGCACCACUUUCGGCAGCAGACGAUAUUUUGGUUGACACAGUGGAACCGCUGCUAUGGCAUUUGCAGCAGCAGCAGCUCGCGCUGGUGCAGCAGGCCGAAGCAGCUGCAGCAACAGCGGACAAGCUGCAGAAACAGUGCUUCAGGAGCAGUAAUAAGAGCAGCACGGAAGGCGAUGUGGACGCAUCCGCACAACCAACUUGCGUUGCUAGGUUGUGUGUAACGGCGGUGUCUCUGUUGCAGCGUGAUACUGCCUUCAAGCUCCAGCUGCUUCAGGAGGUUGCAGCAGCAGCAGCCACGGCAGCAGAGACGCAAGGGUCGGAGGCCGCUGCUGCUGCUGCAGUGGCCAAGGCAGCUCGGUUAGCGUGGCUCACCCACCCCUUUAUCGCCUCCCUCAAGCAGCAACUCCCCCUGCUACGUCGAAGGUGUUUGCAGGAGCAGCAGCGGCAACAGCAGCAAACAGCUUCAGAGGGAACUCGGCCUCAGAGGAAGCAGCAACAGCAGCACAGCACGUGA